AUGACAAUGCCUCCCAAGCUCAUUCGAGCUAGUACUAACGUACUACUGUCACUCAUCGGAGUACAAACGAGUGUCAAUGCGGCAGCUAUCUCUGACAAUAGCGCAGCACCGACGGAAGCCUACAAUGCAUCAUCAACCUACCUUGGAUGUUAUUUGGAUCCCAGCGUAUCCAUCUUGAGUGCAGCGAAAAUUAGCACAAUUGGUAUGACGCCGCAGUACUGUGCCAACUGGUGUGGUAAACGGGGAUUUGAAUAUGGUGGCAUUGAUUUCGGAACGCAAUGUUUCUGUGGGAGUGAGCCCGACUUUAGCGACGCGACCAAAACCGAUGACAGCAAAUGCAACUCCAAAUGUUCGACUGAACCAUCUAGUUCAUGCGGAGGGAACUAUGUGAUGUCUUUAUAUCAAAUCCUAGAUCCGCAAGGGAACUCACCGGACACCGCGUUCGUGCCGGCCUGUCAAACGGAACCUCUCUCCAGUCACCCAAUGUGCGAUACUUCAAAGAGCAUUACUGAGCGAGUGAGCGCACUUGUCGAUUCCAUGACGGUGGAGGAAAAGAUUCUUAAUCUUGUCGAUGCUGCAGCCGGAUCUGACCGUCUCGGGUUGCCGUCCUACGAGUGGUGGAGUGAAGCAACACACGGUGUCGGCGGUGCACCAGGUGUGCAAUUCACCAAGCCGCCAGCCGAUUUCAGUUCUGCCACCAGCUUCCCUGCACCAAUCCUGACAGCGGCCUCCUUCGAUGACGCCCUGGUUCGUGAAAUAGCGAAAGUAAUCGGAAAGGAAGGACGAGCGUUCGCCAACAACGGCUUUGCCGGAUUCGACUUCUGGGCUCCAAACAUCAAUGGUUUCAGAGAUCCUCGGUGGGGAAGAGGGCAAGAGACGCCUGGUGAGGAUAUUCAUGUUGUGCAGAGCUAUAUCCGCAACUUUGUCCCGGGACUUCAGGGUGAUGACCCUGAGCACAAGCAAGUCAUUGCAACAUGCAAGCACUAUGCAGUCUACGACUUGGAGACGGGCAGAUACGGAAAUAACUACAACCCUACCCAGCAGGACCUGGCUGAAUACUUCCUGGCCCCAUUCAAGGCCUGCGUGCGUGACACGGAAGUAGGAAGCAUCAUGUGUUCAUACAACGCAGUUUCCGGCAUCCCAGCUUGUUCAAGCGAAUACCUUCUUCAGCAGGUGCUGAGGGACCACUGGAAUUUCACUGCGGAUUACAACUAUGUUGUGUCUGACUGCGGAGCAGUCACAGACAUCUGGCAAUACCACAACUUCACUGAUACCGAACAAGCUGCAGCAUCCGUUGCUUUGAACGCCGGAGUUGAUCUGGAGUGCGGCUCUUCGUACCUGAAGCUCAACGAAUCUCUUGCCGACAACGAGACCUCGGACAAAGCGAUGGACCAGGCACUGACAAGGCUAUAUUCGGCAUUGUUUACGGUCGGCUUCUUCGAUGGCGGAAAGUAUAGUGAUCUCAAUGCCUCGGACGUUGAUACCCCUGCCGCGCAAACCCUCGCGUAUGAGGCUGCAGUCGAAGGCAUGACGCUUCUCAAGAAUGACAAACUUCUUCCCCUGGGUCCUUCGCAUCGAUACAAAAGCAUCGCCGUGAUUGGUCCGUUUGCAAAUGCCACGACUCAGAUGCAAGGUGACUACUCAGGCAAUGCACCAUACAUAGUAAGCCCAUUGCAAGCAUUCGAGGGACAUGAUGGCUGGGAAGUGAAUUAUGCCUUGGGCACAGCAAUCAACAAUCAGAACACCACUGGAUUCAGCUCGGCUCUUGAGGCCGCAGAGAAGUCUGAUUUGAUCAUCUACCUCGGUGGCAUUGACAAUUCCCUGGAGGCCGAACAGCUUGACCGAACUUCUCUCACUUGGCCACAAAACCAACUCGAUCUCAUCACAAAACUAUCGAAGCUCUCUACCCCCAUGAUCGUUGUCCAAUUUGGUGGCGGUCAGGUUGAUGACAGCGCCCUCCUGCAGAACAAAGGAAUUCAAUCUCUGAUUUGGGCCGGUUAUCCCAGCCAAAGUGGCGGCACUGCUCUGCUUGAUGUCCUUCUUGGCAAAAGAUCACUGGCUGGCCGACUACCGGUCACACAAUAUCCAGCCAGCUACGCCGAUGAAGUCAGCAUUUUCGACAUCGACCUUCGCCCGAAUGGUUCAUACCCUGGGCGAACCUACAAAUGGUACACUGGAAAGCCUGUUCUCCCAUUCGGCUACGGGCUUCACUACACGAAGUUCAAGUUUGAGUGGAAGGAAACUUUGGACCAUGAGUAUAACAUUCAGCAGCUUGUUGCCUCUGCCCAAAAGAAAACCAGUGGCCCGAUCAACGACAACACGCCCUUCACCACCGUCAAAGCGGGUGUCAAGAAUGUUGGCCAUGAAACUUCCGAUUACGUUGGCUUGUUGUUCCUUUCGAGCGACGAUGCAGGCCCAACUCCUCGGCCAAACAAGUCCCUGGUGUCUUACCUGCGCCUCCACAAUAUCACUAGUGGACACGAGCAGGUAUUAGACUUGCCUCUUACCCUCGGCUCACUGGCCAGAGCGGAUGAGAAUGGAAGUCUCGUUAUUUACCCAGGACAUUACAAGAUUGCAUUGGACAACUCUGAGAGCUUGAGUUUCGAAUUUUCGUUACAGGGAAAACCAGCAGUGAUCGAUACGCUUCCCAUGCAGGAUGCAGAGUAUGAUUUUACUGUACCAGUUCAUAUUGAGCCAGCAUCCACUGAAGCGCAUUCUUAA